GUAUUGAUUUGAUCCCACGCCUGCGCGGUACGAACGACACGAGAUGAAGUUCCGAGGAUCGUGUUUUUACAGCAUCCAGCUUGCACGGCUCUAAAUUCCUAUUGUUUUGAACCUUUAUAAAUAUAUAACAGAAAAUGAGACGACUGAAAACUACUGGACAAUAAGAGUCCAAGAUGUGGACCCACCACAUCCUGCUGGCGGUGGUGUGGUGCGGCACGCUGGGGGCGGCAGACAUAGACCGGCGCCGGUUCUCCAACCCCACGUACUACAACGUCGGGGGGGUCCUAUCCAGCAAUGAGUCCAUCGCAUUCUACAAGGAUACUAUAUCGAAUCUGAACUUCAAAGACCAGUAUGUGCCUCGGGGAGUUACGUAUCAUGAUUAUUCCAUGCUCAUGGACCCGAAUCCCAUAAAAACGGCGCUGAACGUGUGCAAGGAUCUCAUUGCUCAUCGUGUAUACGCAGUCGUGGUGUCCCAUCCACUGACGGGAGACCUCUCUCCAGCCGCAGUUUCCUACACCAGCGGGUUCUACCAUAUACCGGUCAUUGGUAUAUCCUCAAGGGAUUCUGCGUUCUCUGAUAAGAACAUUCACGUGUCAUUCCUUAGGACCGUGCCGCCGUAUUCCCACCAGGCUGAUGUAUGGGUGGAUGUGCUGAAGCACUUCAAUUACAUGAAGGUUAUAUUCAUUCACAGUUCCGAUACCGACGGCAGGGCUAUACUGGGACGCUUCCAAACAACAUCACAGAGUGUGGAUGAAGAUGUGGACCGUAAAGUAGUAGUAGAACAAGUCAUAGAAUUCGAGCCCGGACUCGAUUCCUUCAGCGAUCGGCUCAUGGACGUAAAAGGUGCCCAAGCCAGGGUAUUCCUCAUGUAUGCUAGUAAAACGGAUGCAGAGAUAAUAUUCCGUGAUGCGACGUUCCUCAAUAUGACGACAGUGGGAUACGUGUGGAUGGUCACGGAACAGGCGCUGGAUGCCGCUAAUGCACCUGAAGGUCUACUGGGGCUACGACUGGUUAAUGCUACUAACGAACAUGCACAUAUUCAGGACUCCAUCUAUGUAUUGGCAUCAGCCAUCCGUGAUAUGAAUACGUCUGAGGAGAUCCAUGCCCCCCCAUCUGAUUGUGACAAUUCAGGGUCCAUUUGGACCACAGGACGUCUGCUGUUUGAUUACAUAAGGCGACAACGGUUAGAGAAUGGAGCUACCGGCCAUGUGGCGUUCGAUGACCAUGGAGACCGCGUACAUGCGGAGUAUGACAUGGUCAAUGUUAGGGCUCAGGGCGAACAUGUCGCUGUGGGCAAAUACUUUUAUUUUAAAGAAACGCAGAAGAUGCGACUGGAACUGAAGGAACAGGAAAUAAUAUGGAUGGGCCGCAGCACUUCGAAGCCGGAGGGGUUCAUGAUACCGACACAUCUCAAGGUGCUGACGAUUGAGGAGAAACCCUUCGUGUACACUCGGCGCAUCGACGACGGCAGCGAGUGCACGCCCGAGGAGAUCCCGUGCCCGCACUACAACGCUAGCGAGGACACAGAUCAGCUUUAUUGCUGCAAAGGUUUCUGCAUGGAUCUCCUAAAACAUCUAUCGAAGGCCAUCAACUUUACUUACUCGCUGGCUCUGUCACCUGAUGGACAAUUCGGGAACUACAUUAUACGGAAUCUUACACAACCAGGUGCCAAAAAGGAAUGGACUGGACUCAUAGGAGAACUGGUAUACGAACGUGCAGAUAUGAUCGUGGCUCCAUUGACCAUAAACCCGGAACGAGCUGAGUUCAUAGAAUUCAGUAAACCUUUCAAAUAUCAAGGUAUUACCAUUUUAGAAAAGAAGCCAUCUCGUUCAUCAACGUUGGUAUCGUUCUUGCAACCAUUUUCCAACACCCUAUGGAUUCUAGUGAUGGUAUCCGUCCACGUGGUGGCGUUAGUGCUGUACCUACUCGAUAGAUUCUCCCCCUUUGGCCGGUUCAAGCUGGCGAACAUUGAUGGGACGGAGGAAGAUGCCCUGAAUCUUUCCAGUGCUAUUUGGUUCGCUUGGGGAGUGCUACUAAAUAGCGGUAUUGGAGAAGGCACUCCUCGUAGUUUCUCGGCGCGCGUGCUCGGCAUGGUGUGGGCAGGGUUCGCAAUGAUCAUCGUCGCCUCCUACACUGCCAACUUGGCUGCCUUCCUCGUGCUCGAACGGCCCAAGACGAAGCUUACAGGAAUCAACGAUGCCAGGGACUGUUCGAUGGUGCAGUUUGACGGGGAGCUUCGCAAUACCAUGGAGAAUCUGACGUGCGCCACAGUUAAGGGAUCAGCUGUCGAUAUGUAUUUUAGACGACAAGUUGAACUGUCGAAUAUGUAUCGCACAAUGGAGGCAAAUAAUUACGAUAACGCUGAGCAAGCUAUCGAGGACGUUAAGAACGGUAAACUAAUGGCAUUCAUUUGGGAUUCAUCUCGCUUGGAAUUCGAAGCGGCCCAGGAUUGUGAGCUAGUAACAGCAGGAGAACUGUUCGGUCGCUCGGGCUAUGGUGUGGGACUGCAAAAAGGAUCUCCUUGGGCGGAUCUUGUCACGCUCGCUAUAUUGGAUUUUCAUGAAAGUGGUAUAAUGGAGUCGUUGGAUAACUUAUGGAUCCUUCGGAACAACAUGCUAAACUGUGAAGAAAACGAGAAAACACCGAACACACUGGGCUUGAAGAACAUGGCGGGAGUGUUUAUACUUGUGUUAGCGGGUAUUAUAGGGGGCAUAGUGCUGAUAGUGAUCGAGGUGGUGUACAAACGGCACCAGAUCAAGAAGCAGAAGCGGAUGGAGAUCGCGCGCCACGCCGCCGACCGCUGGCGCGGAGCUGUCGAGAAACGGAAGACACUUCGAGCGGCCAUCUUGCCGUCACAGCGCAGAGCCAAGUCGAACGGAGUGAAGGAAGCUGGCAGUAUCAGUUUGGCGGUGGAGAGAGGAGCCCGGCGCCGGGACGAGCCGCGUGUGCCUCGGUACCUGCCGGCCUACACGCCCGAUGUCUCACAUCUAGUCGUGUAAACUAAUACUCAUUACUCAAGGCCUAUCUACGUGCUACGUAUGUGUUAUCGCACUAUGUAGGUACACUAGGUCUAAAUUGGUGUUGUUCGUCCUAAUGUAGUUAGAAUUUGAAUCGUUGCUGUGAACUUAGCUUAUGAUAUUGUGAAGAAUUUACUAAGCUCAACUUAGGUAUCUGUUUAGUCGUUAAUUAUUAGGUAUCAAAUCUGUGGUGGAACUUUUAUUAACAAUGAGUUAUUUUUCUGAACCACUGAAUCAAGUCGUGUUAGCAAAAUAUUUAGUAGUGACUGACUGCUAUUACUUGACUGAACAUAAAUGAGGUCUAGGUCAAACUAUAAAUUCAAUAUGGCCUCCUCUUUCUCUCAUUUCUUCUGUGUGCUACAUAUUACAGGGUACGGCCUCUAAAAGAACUUUAGAACUCCAAAAUAGUUGUGAUUAAUUAUAAGAAAUGCGCAACUAUUGAUUUAUUUACUUAUUUUAAAAGUAAUUUAUUGCCUUUAGUACAUCGGGAGAUGUUACCCCAUUUUGUUAUAGAAAAUAAAUUGUUUUCUCUAAAGUAAAAUAUUGGUAUGUGGUUCUAAAUCGACAUCUAAAGAUAUUGCUAUUCAGAAGAUAAGUUAGUCAUUGUGUUAUUUUAUUAUUAAAAAUACAGUUUAUACUUGAAUAGCUAUUUCUAGUUUGUUAUGCCGGCCGUUAUUACUGUCCUCAAUUACUUAAGUGUUCAACUUCUUUAUUAUUCAAAUAUGCAAAAUAAUAAUUUUUGAUAUUGUUGUCUAGUUUAUCAAAAGUCUACAUGUGACAGAAAAUAAAUACAAAUUACUUAAAA